GUCUUGCAGGACUCUCAGCCACUUGAACGUCCCACUGCAAGACACGCUGGUCGCACUUAUCGUUGCUAAGGAAGAUACAGAAGACAUUUUGAGUCAAUUAUUCAGAUAUUCUGAUUAUUUCCAGGGCUGAGAGUUGAAGUGCCUUUUCCCCCAAGUCACCAACAAUCCACUGUAGUGAUACUGAACCUCCAAGCAUGAGGACGGUUCGGUUGUGCUUGUGCCUGGCUCUGCUGCUGCCUUGCGGGGUCCACGGUCAAAGGAGCAGCCCUGCUUUUGCUGAAGUCAACAAAGACACAAGCAAGGGCACGAUGGCCAUCGACACAGUGAACCGAGGCAGUGUGUUGAACUCGUUACUACAAUCUGAGUACAUGCUUCCCCGUCCGGUGCGAGCCCCUCGUCUGGUGGUCCAGGUGCCCAAGAGAGCCCAGCCAGGGUCCCGCUUUGCUUUGUCCCUUGACGUCCCUACCAGCAUUCUCAGUGUCCUCAUAGACCUGGCCAAGAACCAGGACAUGAAGACCAAGGCAGCAGCCAAUGCAGAACUUAUGGCGCGGAUUGGCAAGCGGAAAUAGCAUGCCGGCAAGGGUUAGAGAAAGGGGGCUUUGGAUAUUAAUAUCAUCACUGACAAUGGUAGCUCAGAUACAAAUAGAGCUUUUUUCUACUUGUAUCCAUAGUAAAUAAAUGCACUUUGACGUCAC